AUGCCUACAAUCAACGAAAUUAACUUUAAGGUGAACGUCACGUAUGGAGACACGUCACUGAGUGACGAGAACAGUCCGGAGAUACGGCUCUUCAUGUUCAUUACCUGGGGGAUCAUUCUCCCUCUGGUGGCUGUUGCAGGGCUCGUCGGUAACAUUCUCACGAUCCUUGUGCUGUGGAGGCGGGAGAUGCACUCAACGACGAUCCUGUACUUGCGUGGAAUGGUCAUUUCUGAUACAGGCAUUUUGAUUGGGUCUGUUAUUACUCUGACACCGCUGAGCUGUGCUAACUAUCUACAAGAGGAAGGUUCUAAUUAUUUCAAGGACGUCAUUUAUCCAGUUAUUCACACACCUGGAUACUAUAUCAUGAUGGCGCUUCAACAGUGUAAUGUAUGGAUUACUGUCUCCGUGUCGGUGGAACGAUACAUCGCCAUAUGCCAUCCCUUCCGUGCGGCACGACUCAUCACGCGUCGCAAAACCAUCAUUGUCCUAAUAUCAGUAAUAAUUAUCUCUCUUAUCUACAACAUCCCUCAUAUAUUCGCCACAAGAGUCAGCCCCUGUGGUAACUCCCAUGCUCCAACGGCGCCUGCCGACGUCAAGGCCACAGUUAUGAUCAACAGUGUAAAUAUUCUUGGAUCCAACGCUACCACCACUUCCGCCCGACCUCUGAUAAUGUUGACGACAACACAGAAAGCUUCACCACCUCAUCAAUGUCUAGAGCUGGCAACUACGGAGUUUGGGCAGACCUUCAUGUACCUGAAGUACCGGACUGUGAUGUACAGCAUCAUCAUCUACAUCAUCCCCUUAACCGCCUUGGUGAUACUUAACUUCUUCCUCAUCAAAGAGCUCAUGGUGAUGCAACGAAAACGAUCAGGCACCAACAUCCAUGACGAGAACGAAGCCAACCUCAGUCUUGUGCUUGUUCUCAUCGUCAUAGUUUUCAUCUGCUGUCAAACUCCCGGUUUGGUCUCGCAGUUCGAUUUAAUUCCUGUGGAUAUAUUCAUCUAUUAUUUAACUUUCAGUAAUCUUCUAUUUACUUUAAACUCGGCCGUUAAUUUUCUCAUUUACACUGCUUUUGGGCGCAAGUUUCGACGCGUAUUGCUUCGUGUCUUCAGACACAUCUGCAGCAAGAGUCGAAGACCGUCGCAAGCGAGUUUUCGUAUGACUCAAUACACCGACGCAGACUUCGACACAUGUGAGCCCACGGAAACACAGUGUUCUGCCCUUCGCGGCAUGUCCUGUUAUAAAAAAGCAGCAGACGACGCUGAUGAGAAAGCGGAAAGGUUGCCUUUGAAUACUGUCACCACAACCUUACAAAGUAGUUCAAUCAAUGGCGCUCUUCGAAGUAACAACCGUACCGUUGAAUCAGACCCUGCGUCACUAACAGACGACAGUGGCGUUAAAAACCCUAACAGUUUUGAAACCAUGGAAACGACAGCUAUUUUGACAAACUCCAAACGUGAUCUAGACAUGUGUCGUGAAGGUCGGAAUGGAAAUUCCUGUUCUGUAUCACAAGAAAUUAAUUCUAGUGAACUCGAAGGCCCUUCAACGCAAGCAAACUCUCAGGACAACUUUUAUUGUUGA